GCCCCCUCCCCCGCCCACUCCCCGGAACCGGUGGCGGAGCUGCAGCCGAGGGCAGUGGGACGGCGACGGCACCGCUGAGCCACCAGGAUGAGCUUCUCCGGACGCCCCGCGCCCCGAGCCCCGCUCCCCUGACAGAGACUUUGGGCUCCUUGAGGACAUUCCCUUUCUGCUUGGAGUCUCCCUUCACUCUACUCAGCGUGGAAUAACGUUCUUAAUGAUUAUCCCCUGCAGGACAGGUGCGACAGGAUUGCUGUUAUAUCCCAAUCAUGGUGCAGAAAUACCAGUCACCAGUGAGGGUGUAUAAACACCCCUUUGAAUUAAUUAUGGCUGCCUACGAAAGGAGGUUCCCUACCUGCCCUCUGAUUCCGAUGUUCGUGGACAGCGACAUUGUGAACGAAUUCCGGAGCGAGGACGGGGCGAUUCACGUGGUGGAAAGACGCUGCAAGCUGGACAUCGAUGCGCCCAGGCUGCUGAAAAAGAUCGCGGGAGUUGACUACGUUUAUUUUGUCCAGAAGAACUCACUGAACGCUCGAGAGCGCACUUUGCACAUCGAGGCCCACAACGAGACGUUCGCCAACCGGGUGGUCAUUAAGGAGCACUGCUGCUACACCGUUCACCCUGAAAAUGAAGAUUGGACCUGCUUCGAACAGUCUGCAAGUUUAGACAUCAAGUCUUUCUUUGGCUUUGAAAGUACAGUGGAGAAAAUCGCAAUGAAGCAGUACACCAGCAACAUUAAAAAAGGAAAAGAAAUAAUUGAAUACUACCUUCACCAGUUGGAAGAGGAAGGCAUAACGUUCGUGCCCCGCUGGGCCCCGCCCCCGCUCGUACCCUCUGCCGAGACGUCCGCCUCGUGCAGGAAACAAGCGGCGGUGCUGGCCGUCGUGGUCCCGGAGGCUGCGCAGAAGGAAGGGCUGAGCAGCGAGGCCCUCGGCAGCGCGAGCGGGGCCGCCGAGCCCGCCGUGGGGACCCCCGACGACAAACUGGACGCCGACUACAUCAAGAGGUACCUGGGCGACCUGACCCCCCUGCAGGAGAGCUGCCUGAUCCGGCUUCGCCAGUGGCUCCAGGAAACGCACAAGGGCAAAAUCCCAAAAGAUGAGCAUAUUCUCCGAUUCCUGCGUGCCCGGGACUUCAACAUUGACAAGGCGCGAGAGGUCAUGUGCCAGUCCCUGACCUGGCGGAAGCAGCACCAGGUGGACUACAUCCUGGACACCUGGCGCCCGCCCCAGGUCCUGCAGGACUACUACGCGGGGGGCUGGCACCACCACGACAAAGAUGGGCGGCCCCUCUAUGUGCUGCGGCUGGGGCAGAUGGACACCAAAGGCCUGGUGAGAGCCCUCGGAGAGGAGGCCCUGCUGAGAUACGUGCUCUCCAUCAACGAAGAGGGGCUCAGGCGCUGCGAGGAGAACACCAAGGUCUUCGGCCGGCCCAUCAGCUCGUGGACCUGCCUGGUGGACCUGGAGGGGCUGAACAUGCGCCACCUGUGGAGACCCGGCGUGAAGGCCCUGCUGCGCAUCAUCGAGGUGGUGGAGGCCAACUACCCCGAGACGCUGGGCCGUCUGCUGAUCCUGCGGGCCCCCCGCGUGUUCCCCGUCCUCUGGACGCUGGUCAGCCCGUUCAUCGACGACAACACCAGGAGGAAGUUCCUCAUUUACGCGGGGAAUGACUACCAGGGCCCCGGCGGCCUGCUGGACUACAUCGACAAGGAGAUCAUCCCCGACUUCCUGGGCGGAGAGUGCAUGUGUGAAGUGCCAGAGGGCGGCCUGGUCCCCAAGUCCCUGUACCGGACUGCGGAGGAGCUGGAGAACGAGGACCUCAAGCUCUGGACCGAGACCAUCUACCAGUCCGCCAGCGUGUUCAAAGGAGCCCCGCACGAGAUUCUCAUUCAGAUUGUGGACGCCUCUUCAGUGAUCACCUGGGAUUUUGACGUGUGUAAAGGGGACAUCGUCUUCAACAUCUAUCACUCCAAGAGGUCCCCGCAGCCUCCCAAGAAGGACUCGCUGGGGGCGCACAGCAUCACUUCCCCGGGAGGGAACAACGUGCAGCUGAUAGACAGGGCCUGGCAGCUGGGCCGGGACUACAGCAUGGUGGAGUCGCCCCUGACCUGCAAGGAAGGGGAGAGCGUGCAGGGCUCCCACGUGACGAGGUGGCCGGGCUUCUACAUCCUGCAGUGGAAGUUCCACAGCAUGCCGGCCUGCGCUGCCACCAGCCUGCCCCGCGUGGACGAUGUGCUGGCCUCGCUGCAGGUGUCCUCUCACAAGUGCAAAGUGAUGUACUACACCGAAGUGAUCGGGUCCGAGGAUUUCAGAGGCUCGAUGACCAGCCUGGAGUCCAGCCACAGCGGCUUCUCCCAGCUGAGUGCCGCCACCACCACCUCCAGCCAGUCCCACUCCAGCUCCACGGUUUCCAGAUGGCGAUUUUGCUGACCGCUGCCAGGAAACCGCUUCCCUCAACAGUGCACAGCGGCCCAGGGACGUUUGUAGAGCUGAGUCUCAGCCAGCCCCUCCCCCAGUCAGAAGAUCUGGUCUUUUUAAGUUGAUUUGGAAGCGGCCCUGUUUUUAAGGGUUCAGAGCACAGGACAUGCUGAUGCCCGAGGGUUGCUCACGCAUCGCUCGGCCGCUCUCCUGGGGCGGGAGCCGCGCGUGGCCUCGGUGGCGCGGGCGAGCCCGUCCGCCCUCUCGGGGCCCGCACACCUUCAGUAGCUGCGGUCCUCCUGCCUUUCCCAGCGCUAGUGAGUCCUGGGUGUCCCCUCCGCGAUGAUGAGUGUCUUCAUUCACUUUCCCCCAAGCACAUCAUUUACACGUCAGAUUCUGUAAAUGUUUUGUAAACAUAUUACCUCACUCUUGGUAAUACAAUACUGAUAGUCUUUACAAGAUUUUUUUAUUGUUAUCAAUAAUAAAUGUGAACCGUUUGAAGAAAA